AUGUGGACCUUCAAUAGGCCGGCCACACCACCACCGGACCAUCGAGGAAAAAGGGUGGAAGCCGGUGUGACGGGUCUCUUUUUCUCAUGCGAAGGGCACGAGAAACAAGCACUUCAAGAAGCCUACAGUAUCAUCGAUGAGCUUCUCGAAGAUCCCACAGUUUCCACGUUAUCUGAAUCAGCUCCAGAUGCUUCAAAAGCUAAUGCUUCGCUAGUUGCUCCAGAAGCGAAGCCAGAUGACGGUGACGAUUCUGAUGAAGACAUUGCCGACGCUUUGAAAAAAGCUUGUGACGAUGAGCGGCAAGCGAAACCUGGAAAAGGUUUUGUAAAGAAAGAGAGAAGAUGUAUUCAAAGGCCGACAGGUGUUAAGAAUUGCAUUUUUGUCAGUGUGAAGAAUGCGAAAAUCGAGCUUUUGGCUGAGAAAAUGGUGGAUUUGACCCAGAAAACUCCUAGGUGUCGAUACCUACAAAGAGUUUAUCCAGUGGAACACACGAUGCCAGUUGACUUAUCGAAAAUGAAUGAAGUGUUAAUGAAAGUAAUUUCGGACACUUUAAAACCUGGUGAGGACGGUAAACUUCCAACUUAUUCCGUGGAGUUCAAGGCAAGAAAUAACGACUCAGUGGCCAGAAACUCCGUACUCCAAAUGGUCGAUGACGCCAUUUCUGUGUUGGCUCCAACGGCUAGAGUCAAUUUGAAUCACGCCGAUGUCACCUUCUUUGUUCAAGUAUCGCGUACAACAAUCAUGGUCGGAGUAUGUCGGCAGUUCUAUGACCGCCGAAAGUACAGCCUUCGUCCCGUAAAGGUUGCUGCGGAUGUACCCGCCGUCGCCGAAUAA